CAGUUACAUGUAUCACACACAAAACACAACACUCUUACAUCUUUUCAAGCACUCGUUCAUGGCUUCUAAGAUCUUUCAUCCAAUCUCCUUCAUGUUCCUCAUUUUCAUACUACUUGCUCCAAUUGGCCAUGCCAAGAGGAGCAUCCCAAGUGACAAAAACUCAUCCCCUUUUGAUUUCAUCAAGAAAUUAGAAGGUUGUCACAAGGGAAACAACACAAAAGAUAUCCACGAGCUCAAAGCCUAUCUCGAGCAAUUUGGCUAUCUCAAUUAUCCAAACAAAACCCAUGCCACAGAUGAUGAUUUUGAUGAUACCCUAGAAUCAGCCCUUAAAACCUACCAGAAAAACUACAACAUCAAACCCUCAGGUAUCAUAGAUGAUGAAACGAUAUCGAAAAUGACAACCCCGCGAUGCGGGGUGCCGGAUAUCGUUAACGGCACCAACUACAUGCAACCCCGCGACAAUAAACACGAGCCGAGCUCGAGCACCUUCCACAUAGUAUCUCACUACAGUUUCUUUCAAGGAAACCCUAGAUGGCCACCUUCUAAAACCCGUCUCACUUAUAGAUUUGAGGCCAACUAUCCCACAAGUGCUAUUCCCCCUGUGGCACGUGCCUUCCAAAAGUGGGAUGCUGCCACGCGCUUUUCCUUUGCACAAGUCCCAACCAAUCAAUUCUCUGAUUUGGUUAUAGGGUUCUUUAGAGGUAAUCACGGAGAUGGAUACCCUUUUGAUGGCCGUGGCGGAACUCUAGCUCAUGCAUUUGCACCAACAGAUGGAAGGUUCCAUUAUGACGCGGACGAGAGCUGGUCCAUCGGGUCAGUUCCGGGCUCUUUUGACCUUGAAACCCUUGCACUUCAUGAAAUCGGACACCUUUUAGGGCUUGAUCACAGCAGCGUUAGUGCGGCUAUCAUGUUUCCGACGUUUUCCGACGGAGAGGUCAAGAACUUGCAUCCAGAUGAUAUUGAAGGAAUAAGAGUUCUGUAUUUAUAAAAUAUUAUGUUUGAUUGCCAUAGUAAUUUACGUGUUUAUGUUGUGUGUGAAAAUAAUUUCCCUAUGUUGGAAUUUGUAAUAGUGUCUAUGUUUACUCGUUCGCCGAGCAGCCCAUGCGUACGUCCUAAUAGAGUCGAGCAUGAUAUAAGCUCGUUUCUGGGUUUUCUUUGUCGGUUCUUUCCCGGAUCGCAAAUAAGUCAGAACCGCAUAGGGUUGUUAGAAGAGUCGUCGAUAUAUACUACCGCUUGUAUUAUUUUCAUAAUCAAGCAUUAAUGAAAUUAGUAUCUUUAUGUUA